CGAUGAACAGAACCUCAUCCUCAUCCUCACACUCGCGACCCCGUCCAUCAGCGCGAUCCUCCUCAUUCGCCCCAUCACUACGGCGGCGCGUCUCCGUACCCUCCGCCGCCGACGCUAGUCGUGAUGAUCCCGAGGCCUUAGAAGCCACUUCAACCGAUCAUGCCAUUGUCGAGGAGAUUGCUGAAAUCAAACGAUAUGAAGAUUUCACGACGAUUGAUUGGGUGCAAGAUGCGGCACGAGAACAAUUGCGCCGGAAGGCGAAGCGGCGGGAAAGAGCGGGCUUCGCGAGGGAAGGGAGGGUAGGCUGGAGGUCGGGCAAAUGGAGGAGGGCAGUCGUCGAGGCGUACGAUGCUGGCCAAGCUUGGAUUGUGGUGACGCUGGUUGGCGUGGCGAUUGGGCUGAACGCUGCUAUGCUGAAUAUCAUCACCGAGUGGUUAGGGGAUAUCAAACUUGGACAUUGCGAAACAGCUUUCUAUCUGAACGAGAACUUUUGUUGUUGGGGAUCUGACAGCGGCUGCCCCGAAUGGAAACGGUGGUCUGGCUUCUGGCCGGUCAACUACGUUCUCUAUAUAUUCUCCGGUGCGCUCUUCGCCCUCACAGCUGCUACUCUUGUCAAACUAUAUGCGCCUUAUGCUGCUGGCUCGGGAAUAUCGGAGAUGAAAUGCAUCAUUGCUGGCUUUGUGAUGAAGGGCUUCCUUGGAGCCUGGACUUUGGUCAUCAAGAGCAUUGGCCUUCCUUUAGCGAUCGCCUCGGGGCUCAGUGUAGGGAAAGAGGGACCCAGUGUGCAUUAUGCAGUCUGCACCGGCAACGUCAUUUCGAGAUUCUUCAACAAGUACAGAAGAAACGCGGCAAAGACAAGGGAGAUAUUGAGCGCAAGUGCAGCUGCUGGCGUAGGAGUCGCCUUUGGCAGCCCUAUUGGCGGGGUGCUGUUCUCUUUGGAAGAGAUGAGCAACCACUUCCCCCUGAAAACUUUGUGGAGGAGUUAUUUCUGUGCAUUGGUCGCGACGGCUGUACUGGCUGCCAUGAACCCGUUUCGGACAGGUCAGCUCGUCAUGUUCCAGGUCAAAUACGAUCGGUCAUGGCACUUCUUCGAGAUUCUCUUCUAUUUGAUUAUUGGAGUCUUCGGAGGGCUCUAUGGCGCUUUUGUUAUCAAAUGGAACCUGAAAGUCCAAGUGUUUCGGAAGAAGUACCUCUCGCAAUAUCCGAUUACUGAAGCUGUCACUCUCGCAGUGCUGACGGCCAUUGUUUGCUAUCCAAACAUGUUUCUCCGAAUCGACAUGACGGAGAGCAUGGAGAUCCUCUUCCUGGAAUGUAAGAGCGGUAAUGACUACGAUGAGUUGUGCGAUCGCGACAAUCGCUGGCAUAUAAUACUGUCGCUUGCUAUCGCCACUAUCUUGCGAACGACUUUGGUCAUCAUCUCUUUCGGGUGUAAAGUUCCUGCAGGCAUCUUCGUUCCGUCAAUGGCUAUUGGGGCCUCUUUCGGACGCAUGGUUGGUAUCUUCGUUCAAUGGCUUCAUGAGUCUUUCCCAGACUCCGCAUUCUUCUCUGCAUGUGGACCAGACGGGCCUUGUAUUACGCCAGGCACAUAUGCUUUUUUGGGCGCUGGCGCGGCUCUGAGUGGAAUUAUGCACAUCACGGUGUCGGUGGUGGUCAUUAUGUUUGAAAUUACAGGCGCUCUGACAUACAUUCUUCCGACCAUGAUUGUUGUGGGUGUGACCAAGGCCGUCAGUGAGCGUUUCGGUCACGGCGGCAUCGCCGACCGCAUGAUCUACCUCAACGGCUAUCCGUUUUUGGAUAACAAGGAAGAGCACACGUUUGGUGUGCCGGUUUCACAGGUCAUGGUAUCGCAGCUGGUCUCGAUCCCCGCUACUGGUCUCGAAUUACGGCAGGUUGAGCGCCUCAUGGCCGAGAACCAGCUACAAGGUUUCCCCAUUGUUGAAGAUAGUUCGUCCAAAAUACUGCUCGGCUAUAUUGGUCGCACAGAGCUACGAUAUGCGCUUGACCGUGCCAAACGAGAUCAAAUGGCUCCUGGGCAUGCGAGAUGUUCGUUCGGAACGGUUAUCAACGGGGCAGAUGCGAGGACGCCCGGCUCGACGAUGCCAUCUGUAUCAUUCGACACCAUGGCGGCGACGUCUGCGCAACUUUCUGUCGACCUGUCCAAGUUCAUCGAUCCAACUCCACUUACGGUGCACCCCCGGCUCCCCCUGGAAACCGUCAUGGAGCUUUUUUCGAAAAUGGGACCCCGUGUGAUUCUGAUUGAAUACCGUGGCAAGUUGGUGGGCCUCGUCACGGUGAAGGACUGCCUCAAGUAUCAAUUCAAAGUAGAGGCACUGGAGAACCCACAGACGUCAGGGACGGUGGAUGCGCGGGAAGACAAGCUUUGGAACAUGAUCAAAACGGUGGCUGGGUGGGUUAAUGGAGGGUACAUGAAGGCGAGAAAACGAGUUGGGUUGGGCGGACAGGAGAUAAGGCUGGAUAGCCCAGUCGCAGCUCGAGGUGGUGGAGCGGGAUUUGGCAGCGAGGAAGAGAGAAGGCGUGAGAGUCAAAGUGGGACGACACAUGUGGAAUUGGAGGAUAGAGGAGAGGAUGGGUUUAGAUAA